AUGGAUACUGAUGAUGAAGAUAACAACCCUUUCAUUGGAACAGAUCAUUUCUUCGCUCUAGGUAUCGACGGAGGCUCAUUACGUCAUGGUGAUGAUGAUUUCUUAGAUAGUGCUGGCACUAUCCAAGAUACUACUACUAAUAAAAAUAAUAACAAUAAAAAGAAGAAAUCUCAUCAUGAGAAAUAUUCAAAGAGUACUGAUUAUGAAUUAAAUCAUGAUUCUACAAAUAAUAAUACAAAUAAAGUUGCCUUCCUAGAUGACAAUGAUAUUAUAGAUAAGGGAAGUACACAUAAUCUUUUGAGUGGAUUUACUUCUCCCUCAGAAAAUGAUUCAAGUACAGGUGGUAGUUUAACUGCUGAUACUGAUGAAUCAAUAAAGGAAUCUGCUGUACCACAGCAUUAUGAGCCUUAUGUAUCUUUAUCAAUGUCAAUGACAUCUCCAAAGAGAGAUCAUAAAUUAUUUGAAAAUAUAAAUAGAAAUAUUCAAAUCUUAGAUGCUGGUGAUUAUAGAGAUCCUUGGGGUAAACAUGCUAUUGGUUAUAAUAUUCGUUGUGAUGAUGGGAUGGAAGUGGUUAGAAGAUACUCAGAAUUCGAUACGCUACGGCAAGGUCUCUUAAGAUUAUUCCCUACAGUAGUGAUUCCUCCAAUCCCCUCAAAACAUCCUUUAAUAAAAUAUUUAUUACAUCCAAUAAGUGCAGAAAAUGAUAAAAAAAUUAUUGAAAAGCGUAAACGUUUGUUACAAUCGUUUUUAAAUCAUUGUAAUAUGAUUCCUGAAAUUAAAGAUAAUAUUGUAUUUAAAAAGUUCUUAAAUCCAGAAUAUUCAAUUAAAGAUAUUGUAACAACUCCACCAAUGAGUAUUUUACCUACCAAUAAUUUAAUUGCACCUCCAUUAACACCAACAAAGCCAAGUCCAUUACAUCUUUUAUUACCUGCUCCAAAUUCAAUCUCAAGAUUAGACUCCGCUGAAUUACAAUCUAAAAACGUUCAAUAUUCAAAAAUGAAUACAACUGAUGAAACAAUAAACAUUGAAAAAAAUUUCGCCCAUAUUGAAGUUCUAUGUACUAAGCAUAAAGUUAGACUUCGUGGAAUGUUAAAGAUUAUAAAACAUCAUAAAAAUCAUGUUCAUUCAAUGUAUUCAACCUUAUCAGAUUUGGGGGCAAAUUAUAAUAUCUUUAGUUUAGAAAAUAAUAUUAUUGCGACUCCUUCAAAUAAAAAUUCCAUAAAAUUAUUAUCAAAUGGUAUUGAAAAAAUUGGUAAUGCGUUUGAUGUAGAAUAUUUAACUAUAGAAAUUUUAAAUGGUAAUAUUCAAGCCAUUAUGGAAGAACCUUUGGAAGAAUUCAUUCAUUUAUUGGAAUCUGCACAAGAUGUUUUAAACUUUAGAAAAUUGAAAAAAUUACAAUUUCAAAUUAUAAAACAAACAAUUAAUACAAAGGAAAAUAGAAUUAAGUGUUUAAAAGAAGUCAAUAGUCAAUUAAGAAGAUCCAAAAAAAAUUCUGAUUCUGAUUCUAAUUCACCUUCACGUUCUUUACAAAAUUCCACUCUUACAAAAUCAAAUUCAAUACAAAAUAAUUCAGAUGUUAAUAUUAACGAUACUAAUGAUAAGAAUUCAUUAUUAACUACAAACACAACUUCAGAAUUAACUCCUUCAAGCCCAGAAGAAAUUAUUUCUUUUGAUGAAACUGAUGAAGUUAUUUCAAUUCCAGGUUCCACAAAUGAUAGUUUAACAACAAAACAAAUUAAUAUCCCACCAGAUACAAAUAUAAAUAAUAGGCAAAAUCAUUCAUCAAAAUCUAAUAGAAAUAUAUUAACAAAUAAUAUUUUAAUGAAUAGUAGAAGAAAAAAUAGACAAACUAAAAGAGGUACAAUUCCACCUCAUCUGUUAACAGAAGCUGAAAGGCAAUUUGAAAUUGGUUGUCUGGAAAAGGAAAUUACGAAAUUAAAUCAAUGUUAUGAAUUAGUCUCAAAGGAUCUUGAUGACAUAAACAAAUCCUCUUAUACAAGUUUGAAGAAUAAUCUAGAGUAUAUAGAAAUGAAAUGGAAUAUUAUGAUUAAAGAAAUAGUAAGAAGCGUGUUAACUUGGAUAAGAUCCUGUUUAGAAAAUUGGAAAAAGGCCAAGGAAGCAGUAAAUCAAAUUUCUACUAACAAUUUACUAGCUUAA